AUGGACGAAAACGAGGACAGGCCCGUUGCGUACUCCCGGCGCAACGGUGCUCCAACUCUGUAUAGGCUCAGCUCUGCCCAGAGCAGCUCGAGCGUAUUCGAGGAUGUCGAGAUGGCCCAAGAUGAGUUGUUCUCUGGCCCAGUCGCUGAGAGCUUGCCCACAAGCAUGUCUGCCUUCUUCCACCGACGCCAACGUGCCGACUCGAACGCGAGCUUCGCAUACUACAACGAGGAGGAGAAUGAACCGGAGCUGCCGUUUCUGUACAAUAGGGAUGGUUCAGUCUCUUUCGACAUUGACGAGAUGCCCUUCGACCUCGAAGACGACGAGGAGCAAACAAGCUCGGGGACUGAGCUCGAGAAUGGUAUUACAUACAAUGACUAUCCUCUGAACAGAAGGUCUUCGACACUUUCGAGGACUUCCGUCCAUGCCGGACUCCUUCGUACGGACAGCGGCAGGACAGAUGCUAGUGGACGUGGUCAUGGUCGGAUCAGUCAGAAACUGCACAUGGUCAACGAGGACCUCACUAUUGUCAUCGCUGGCUUCCGCACUAGCACGAUGGGCUACAUCGCCUACGUCUUCUUGUGCGCCGCAACUUUUGGCCUGGCUUAUCUCCUUCUGCGCUGGCUUCCUCGGUGGCAGGUCAGGUUGAUAGGCGAACCCUGUCCUCUGCGUGAAAGCCAAUGGGUUGUCCUCGAGAAUCAAUGGGGCGAGAUGGCCGUUCUGGACGUGAAGAGCCAACCCUACGACCGCCCUAUGUCCACUGUGUUUGGAGCACCGGAAAAGAUGUUCGCGCAAUGGCUCGAAGAUGAUGCCGAUCCAAUAAUGAACGAACUUCGCGUUCUCACCUACCGCUAUGUCCGUUUCUUCUUUCACCCGCUGAAGGACAAGUUUGUCAUUUGCAAUGGGUGGAAAGAUCCAACGUGGACCCGGGUCCGACCACUACGGGCGGGCAUCGAUGGCGAUGAGAAAGACCAGCGAGAACAUGUCUUCGGGUCGAACAUCAUCGAUAUUGAGCAAAAGUCCAUACUGCAGCUACUCGUGGACGAGGUCUUCCACCCAUUCUACGUCUUCCAAAUAGCAAGCUUGGUUCUCUGGUCACUGGAUCAGUACUUCUACUAUGCCAUCUGCAUCUUUGUUAUGUCUGCAGGAAGUAUAAUAGCAACCCUAGUAGAAACCCGCGCAACUAUGCGACGUCUCCGCGAGAUCUCCCGCUUUGAAUGCGACGUCCGAGUACUUCGGAAUGGUUUCUGGGCACAUGUGUCAUCCAGCGAUUUGGUCCCGGGCGAUGUGUAUGAAGUCAGUGAUCCCAACCUCACACAAUUUCCAAGUGACAGUCUGCUGCUGAGUGGUGAUUGCAUUGUCAAUGAAAGUAUGCUCACUGGCGAGUCUGUGCCGGUAUCGAAAAUUCCUGCCACCGACGAAACGCUUGAGAUCAUGAAUCUCUCCGGCUCGACUGUCUCGCCAGAUGCCGCGCGCCAUUUUCUGUUUUGCGGUACCAAGAUCGUUCGUGCGAGACGGCCACAAGAGAAUACUGACGAGGAAGCCGUGGCGCUUGCUAUGGUUGUAAGAACUGGCUUCAAUACCACCAAAGGCUCCCUUGUCCGGUCGAUGCUUUUCCCGAAGCCAUCUGGUUUCAAGUUCUACCGGGAUUCCUUUCGAUAUAUCUCUGUUAUGGGAUGUGUCGCGUUGCUCGGUUUCAUAGUGUCUUUCGUCAACUUCCUUCGCCUCGGCUUAGCCUGGCAUUUGAUCGUCGUCCGAGCAUUGGAUCUUAUUACCAUCGUCGUUCCGCCAGCUCUCCCAGCUACACUUACUAUCGGGACUAACUUCGCUUUGAGCCGACUCAAGAAGAAACAAAUAUUCUGCAUCAGCCCACAGCGGGUCAAUGUCGGCGGCAAGUUGGAUCUGAUGUGUUUCGACAAGACGGGCACCCUCACGGAAGAAGGUCUGGAUAUCCUCGGCGUUAGGUUAGCGUCUCGAACUUCGAAACGAUUUGAAGAAGUCGUGUCAAAGGCAUCAGCGUUGGUUCCCCAUUCAGAGUUGGCCUCGACCACAGCGGACAAGUAUGACUCUAGCCGUGCCGCGCUUUUCACUAUGGCUACUUGCCACUCUCUUCGUUGCGUCGAUGGAGAGUUAGUCGGCGACCCAUUAGACGUCAAGAUGUUUGAAUUCACCGGCUGGACGUUUGAAGAGGGUAACCAAGGUGGUGGCGAGCAAGAGGAAGACGAGCAAGGAGGUCUCUCCCCCUCAGUCGCCCGGCCACCUCCGUUGCCAUUAUACGACACCGACGAAUAUGGCAGUGCCCAGGGGCAAAACGUGCCUGUUGAACUUGGGGUGCUCAGGACUUUCGAGUUCGUCUCUCAACUGCGCAGAGCGAGCGUCAUCGUCCGAGCCUUCGGCCAACAGAGUGGAUAUAUAUAUGUGAAGGGUGCACCAGAGUGCAUGCGGGAGAUCUGUCGACCUGAUAGCUUCCCGGAUGACUACGAUGAGCUCCUAUCGUACUAUACACACAAGGGGUAUCGAGUGAUCGCUUGCGCGAGUAAGCAUAUGAAGAAGCUUUCGUGGGUGAAGUCCCAGAAGAUAAAGCGUGACGAAGUCGAGGCCGACCUUGACUUCGUAGGGUUCAUUAUCUUCGAGAACAAACUAAAGCCAACCACGGCUGCUGUCUUGAAGGAACUCACCCAGUCCAACAUUGGCUCGGUCAUGGUGACAGGAGACAACAUAUUGACAGCGAUUAGCGUGGCGAGAAACUGCGGCCUGGUUGAGAGGGACGCACACUGUUUCGUCCCUCAUUUCGCCGAAGGAGACUUUCGCGACCCCAAUGCUCGACUACACUGGGAGAGCAUUGAUGAUACAGCUUACCAACUUGACUACCGGACACUGCUUCCACUUCCAGCGCCAGUCGAACGUGAUGCAUCGUUGCCAUAUGAUAUCACAAACCUCAAGAACUAUUCCUUGGCCGUUAGUGGCGACGUGUUCCGCUGGAUGAUCGACUUUGCUCCGAAUGAGGUCAUGCAACGGAUGCUUGUCCGUGGCAAAGUAUUUGCGCGCAUGUCCCCUGACGAGAAGCAUGAACUUGUCGAGAAAUUCCAGAGUAUAGGCUACUGUUGUGGCUUCUGUGGAGACGGCGCCAACGACUGCGGUGCCUUGAAAGCAGCAGAUGUCGGAAUCUCGCUGUCAGAAGCUGAGGCUUCAGUGGCAGCACCCUUCACAUCGAGAGUGUUCGACAUUCGGUGUGUCCCUGAUGUCAUCCGUGAGGGAAGAGCUGCUCUUGUCACCAGUUUCAGCUGCUUCAAGUUCAUGAGUCUCUACUCCGCCAUCCAAUUCACUUCUGUCAGCUUCCUCUACGCCUCGGCCUCCAACCUGGGAGACUUCCAAUUCUUGUUCAUCGACGUCCUUCUCAUAUUGCCGCUCGCUAUCUUCAUGGGCUGGUCUGGGCCUUCGCCAGUGCUGAGCAAGAAGCGACCGACCGCCGAUUUGGUAUCACGAAAAGUCCUUACUCCCUUGCUGGGGCAGAUGAGCAUCUGCAUACUGAUACAGGCCGCCGCAUGGAUUAUUGUGCGAAAGCAAGACUGGUAUAUCCCACCGCAUGUCAAUCCCGAAAAAUCAAAUAUCAAGAACUCGGAGAACACAGCUCUAUUCUUGAUGUCCUGCUUUGAAUACAUCUUCAUCGCCGUGGUCAUGAGCGCCGGCCGGCCCUUCAGGCAACCGAUGAGCCAGAACUGGCCGUUCAUGGGCACCAUUCUCGCAGCGCUCGUCCUGACCGCCUACAUGGUCUUCACGCCCGCCCGCGGCGUGCGGAAGCUCAUGCAGCUCACGCGCAUCAGCACGUCCUACAAGACCACCCUGCUGGUGCUCGGCGUCGUCUACCUGGUCGUCGCCUGGACCGCGGAGAACUACGUCUUCCAGCGGCUGGCGCGCGGUGUGGGACGCGCCAAGCUGGCCCUGUCUAAGAAGGCUAAGGUGAGGAAGGAGUAUAAGGUCAUUGCGGAGCGGAUGCAGAGUUGA